AUCGACUUCCAUUCAAGCACACGACCUCCGACCCCCUCCAUAGUCCGAUAUCUUUUUCCAUUCUUGAGGCAUCCUUCUCCAUAUUCCUCUUCUAAUUCCUUCCUUUGUAGUCUUCUAUUCUUAGACUGUCUCUUCCUUGACCCAUAUUUGACUCAUGCCCUUGCUUGUCCUGCUAGCGCUCACCGCUUGACCUGCUGUACCAGGAAGAGAAGUAGCUAGAAUUCCCAGAAUUCUAGGGGCACAACAGUCCUGAAAGGCUGUUUACCCAUUUCAAUAGAUCCUGAGAGAUGUUCUCAGAAUAUGCCUCUCGCUUUCUCGCCCAGUCUCAGUCGCGCAUCGUCCCUCGCCCGGAUGAGAAACGCAGGAAAGAACAUGGUCGGCUAAUCCAGCAACCGGGAAACUCCCGGUAUCUUCCCUCUCGCUCUUUUUUACAAAGAAGACCAGCCGAUCCCUACCAGCCCGGUGCCUCCCAGUUCUCCAAUUUCGCUUUCGGUGCACGAAACUCGCCUCAACAGGCACCACUUUUUCACAGUGCCACCGAUGAUUUCCACGAGGAGGAUGACGAAGCGGAACGUGAGCGAGAAAUAGCAGAUUUUUAUGCUCUGCAAAGGUCAAGGCGACAUUUUGGAGGUAGCCAGCUAAGAGACUCGGAGACCGACGAUGAUGACAACUCUCCUGGCGCGAGUGGGCAGAAGGCUCCCGAGGAAAUACCCCAGCGGGAAAAUAAAGGAAUUAGAAGCGCCUGGCGAGCUCCUAGAUUCAAUAACGGAGGACGGGAAUGGUUCGUUGAUCCAGUGAUAGAAGCUGCUGACGACGAAGACGAGCUGGAUGCGAGCAGUAGCAGGACCAGAGGGAAACUAGUUGAUAUCCACCUCGAAGAUACAUUAAGAUCAGAUCCCGAUGCUGAUCACCAUGAUGAAUCUCCUGGUGUUGGGGACGACGAUCCACCCUCCAUUCAACGAUUUCGUGAACAACCCCAAUCAAGGAUGGGCGGCCUAGGGACCGAUUCGUUCUUCAUAUCACAGGAAGCUAGUAAACAGGCAUUACUGGAAAAUCCCCGGCCACUAACCGCUGAGGGCUCUUACACCGCAGCCAUAAAUCCCGAGGGGAUUGAGUCCCCAAUCCAUGAUGCCUUUUGGGGGCAGCUCUUCCUAAUAUCCUUGGCUUGUCUUUUUGCCACUUCUUUCCUCGUGUACCUCCAUACCUCCUCGCCUCCAGGCGAUAAAUCAAAAUGGGGUGAUACGAUAUAUUUGACUAUCCACAGCUCGUUCUACCUACUCGGUGUUUAUACUCUGGUUUCGGUAUUUAUAUCUUUGCUGUGGCUUGCGCUACUUCGUUCAUAUGUGCGCCCUUUAGUUUACGCUACCAUUUUCAUCGUCCCAAUAAUCCUUUAUUCCUUUUCUCUAUAUCCUUUCAUUUCCAGCUUCCGAGGUACUUGGCAAGGGUCAAGUAUUCAAGACAAAGUGAUGCGUUUCGGUUCGUUCGUCCCAUUUAUCAUGGCCACCGCCUGGAUCUACAACGUCAUCCGUAGCCGCCACGCGAUAGGGAAGGCUAUCAGUAUCCUUGAAUUUUCAUGCCGGAUCCUCGCCGCCAACCCCGAACUAUUGAUUCUCGGCCUCGGUAAUCUCGUCCUUAUCGUCUCGUGGACAUGGGUAUGGAUGCUCAUGUUCACUCGGGUCUUUCUCGGCGGUCAUUUGUCGGGAUCAGCACUCUUCAUUAUUAGCACUGGCAGCUGGUGGCUGGGAGCUUAUUUCAUCAUUGUCUAUCUAUGGUCACUGGGGAUAAUUGCAGGCAUUCAACGAGCAGUCACUGCUGCAACAGUGAGCCAGUGGUACUUCCACCGUCUUGCAAGCCCGGCCCCAACCUCCAGACAGAUCGUUCAGGCAGCGACGGUUCACUCUCUCACAACAUUAUUCGGCACCAUCUGCCUGUCCAGGCUUAUAUCAUUACUGAUCCGCAUUCCCCUGCUCUUGCUUCCAAGCCGAAUCGCAGCUAUCGUAAGCUUAUUUGCUUAUACACUCGUCCCUGCACCUAUCGCUACGCUCACAGACCCUCUUUCUCUUACAUACGCUGCGAUUCAUUCUCAGCCACUUGCUACUUCUGCUCGUGGCCUCACGCAGAUGACAAACCUUGCACCAUCAAUAGCUACGUCAUCACUACACCCUCGCUCUUUCUCCUGGGCUCGUGAAAGCUAUUCGCCGCUGCUUUCAUAUAGGUUAUCGAAGCUCAUCCUCCAUGCUGCCCGUCUCAUGAUGUCCUUGGCCCUUGGAUUUGGGGGAUGGGUGAGCACUGCUCGAAGCUUGGGAGUACCGAGUUCUGGUGGGGUAGUCCGCGGCAGCGUAUACGCAUAUAUCGUUGGGCUGAUUGCAGGUACAAUUGGCUGGAGUGUACUUGGUUCCAUCGAAGGAGUCAUUGCAGAUAUUGUCGAUGCAUCGAUCAUCUGCUGGAGCAGUGAAGUUGGAACGUACGGUAGGGAAGCCAGGUAUUGUCGUGAGGCUGGCUGGCUAUUUGGCCAGGAUACAACUCGCGAAGAGCGGUAUUCCGCAGAGCCUUGAGUAUUUCCAAACAGAAAUUGAGAUGGCUGAUUUAACAAAUUUUUUUCUUGUGCACCCCGUCUUUGCAUCCAUUCACAUCGUUCUUACAUCGCAUCUAAAGACAUAGGUGUUUGCCGGGUUUUUGUUUUGUCUUCUCACUUGCUCCUGCAUGUGAUGAUUUAGCAAAGCAUUAUAUUAUGCUGGGGGAGUUAUCCGGUAAGACGGAAAUGGCUUCGAGGAUUUUUUUUUUUAUAGAGAUAGCCUAGGCUUGAGCAAUUUAUACGUUGGUUCAUUUUCCA